AUGCAGUCCGCUCCUGCUUUAGGGAUGCCAAAUUAUGCUAAACCUUUUCAUCUCUAUGUUGCAGAAAAAACAGGCUUUGCAUGUGCCGUCCUGAUGCAAGACACACCCACAGGUAAACAGCCAUUGGCGUAUUAUAGUACUAAACUGGACAACAUCGAGGCUGGCCUGCCACCCUGCUAUCAGGGACUGGCAGCCGCUGUUUUUGCCUUUCAGAAAGCCUCAUCGCUGACCAUGGGACAUCCUGUGACGCUGUACACUUCCCACCAAAUUCAUGCACUACUGACUAGUCCACGAUUCGUCUUAACACAAGCCAGACGCACGGGCUAUGAGGUAAUCCUAUCAGCCCCUGAACUCAAUAUUCAGCACUGCACCGUCAUUAACCCCGCCACUAAACUGAUUUUACCAACAGAAGGUACUCCACACGACUGCAUUCAUGACACAGAGAAGUUUAUGCGGGCCAGAGAAGACUUGCAUAAUCAGCCAAUUCCUACUGACCUCACAUUGUUUGUGGAUGGCUCAUGUUUUCGUGACGCCACUGGUAGCCAUGCAGGCUACGGGAUUGUUCAGCUCAAAAAUGACGAGCACACCUUUGACACAUUACAGGCACGUAAGCUUGCUCAGCCCUGCUCAGCCCAACUCGCAGAGAUAAAAGCGUUGACAGAAGCAUGUAAAUUAGCUGAAGGAAAAUUGCUAAACGUCUACACGGACUCAGCAUAUGCCUAUGGCGUGUGCCAUGUUCACGCUAACAUUUGGAAACAACGAGGAUUUCGCAGAGCUGAUGGCACCCCUGUAACUCAUGGAGCUGCCAUCCUCAAUCUGUUAGAAGCCAUGUUGCUUCCCACAGCCCUAGCUGUCAUUAAAUGUCCAGCCCACCAAAAGACCAACACAUUGAUAGCUACAAGCAAUAACCUUGCAGAUGAAGCAGCCAAACAAGCAGCAAUAGGGGCAGUAAUGGCACCCAUAUUAACCAUACAAGACUGUGAACCUCUCACAUCCUUGCCCUCACUUAUAGCCGCUCAAGAUAGAGUAGAUGAGGCUGAGAAACGCUUAUGGGUAAAACAUGGAGCUAUUAAGAAUACGCAAACGGGCCCAAUACGGGGUCCAUUGUAUGGAGUUUGGCUAGAUGCCCAUGGCCGCUUUGUACUACCAACCUUACUACUAAGACAUGCAAUAAUUUGGGCGCAUGGUAGUGACCAUUGCGCAAGGGGGGAGAUCCUAAGGAAACUGCAAGCAGUAUGGUGGUCGCCAUUCAUGGCAGCCACGGUGGACAGAGUACUAAAUGAAUGUGACGUUUGCGCAGAAUACAACAUCAGGAAAGUUUUUUCAGCCCCACUGGCACACAUACCACCCCCAGACGGACCAUUCAGACACCUCAUGUUGGACUACAUAGACAUGGGACCGCAGUCAAGAGUAAGGGGACUGAGAUAUGUCUUAGUGGUCAUAUGUAGAUAUAGUAGAUGGGUGGAGGCAAAAGCCACUGCAAAAUCAGACCACAAAACAGUCGCAAAAUUUUUGUGUCAGGAAGUCUUCCCGAGAUUUGGAAUGCCAGAUACCAUAUCAUCAGACAACGGCAGCCACUUUGUGUCCAAUGUCAUACAAGAGACACUAAAGCAAUUAGGAAUCAAACAAAAAUUUGGCUGCGUUUACCAUCCCCAAUCACAGGGAGCGGUAGAAAGGGCAAAUGGCAUCUUGAAAACCAAAAUAGCCAAGAUAGUGGCAGACAGCAGAAACAAGCUUAACUGGGUGGAUGCUUUACCACUUGCACUAAUGUCUAUGCGUUCACAAGCCAGCCGAGUCACGCAUCUAACACCGCAUGAAAUGCUUACGGGCCGGCCCAUGCCGCUACCAUACUUAAGAGGUCCCCAUGAGGGACCGUCCCUGGAACAGUUGCAAGGUGAAAUGUUUGAAUAUUUACGAAGUCUAACUCGUAUCCACAGGGCUGUGUUCCAGCAGGUGAAAGGUGCCACAGAGGACAGAGGGGUCGACAUCCCUGCAGACCUCCAGAGAAUACGGCCUGGAGAACAGGUGUACGUCAAGGUGUUCAAAAGGAAGUGGGACCAACCGCGAAGGGAAGGUCCAUACAAGGUCAUAUUAGCUACACCAACUGCCUUGAAAGUCGAAGGUAAGGACGUUUGGUUCCAUCUUAACCACUACUGCAGAGCUAACACCCCAGAGAGACCACCUGUUCCCCAACCUAGAGCCAGACAGAGAGCAGUAACUCCAGAGCCACAAGGGGACGGCGAAGCCGCCCCAAGGGCAGUAAGAGAUCAACCAGAAGGGGAUGGCGACGCCUCCCCACAGGAACAGGGGACAAGAAGGUCUGCACGCGUGGCACAGAGACGCAGGGCACAGAGAGCCCAGAGUGACAGCAGCGGGUCGUUACCAGAGAGGGUAUCGACAGGAGCAGAGAGCUCCUCAGAGGGAGGCUCCUCAUUCCCCGGGACUGACAGCCAACCUCGGUCUCAUGAGUCAUCACCUGUUAGUGAUAGGACAAAUCAUGAGGGGACAAGUACAGAGAGAGAGGUGGCAGCAGAGGCAAAAGGACAGGAGGGAGUCGGAGCAGAGACAGAAGGAGAAGAAAGAGUGGGAAGCCUUAGCUCAGAAACAGGGGAAGCUAGAGACCCAGAGAGGUCAGACUCAAACUCAGGCUCAAGUUCAGACUCAGACUCAAACUCAAGAGACACAGACACAAGAGACUCAGACCCCGGAGAGGGAACAAUCCCCCGGCAGACCUAA